AAGUCUUUAAGAGAUGAAAAUGUAUUAUGAGAAUAUAAUUCCUCUUCGACGUAUGGAGGCUGGUGCACGGUAUAAUUUGCCAAGAAUUCUCGUUUCGGUCUUCACAAACUUGCAGUUGCAAGUUGCAACUGCAACUCUGCAAGCGGAGUGCAGUACAUAAACUCACCAGAUUUUAAAUUCUGCUUUCUGAAUUUCAUCUUUCUGCAAUUUCUCUCUCUCCCUCUAAGUAUAUUAAUUAAUUUAAUUAAAGUUCACACGAUCAUGGCAAGUCAGUCAUCUUCAUGCCCGAUACUCUGCGCUUCCUUCAAUCAAGAUAACAGUUGCUUUACAAUUGGAACGAAGGAAGGUUUUAAAAUCUUCGAUUCUAAUACAGGGAAACUCCUUUAUGAAAGAGCUGCUGGAGCAUUCAUCAUAGUUGAGAUGCUAUACAGGUCAAGUCUUCUUGCAAUUGUUGGGGCUGGUGAACAGCCAUCCUUAUCUCCUAGGAGACUAUGCUUGUUUAAUACAAUGACUGGAGUUGCUCUCCAGGAGCUGAAAUUCUUAACUUCAAUUCUUGCUGUUCGCAUGAAUAAGCAAAGAUUGAUUGUCAUAUUGCAAGAGAAGACUUUCAUAUAUGACAUUAACAGUCUAAAGAUAUUGGAUACUAUUGAUACUGUUCCAAAUUCAAGAGGACACUGUGCAUUUUCCCCAUGUUUGGAUGGUUCAUUUUUGGCUCUUCCAGCAAGUACAACAAAAGGUUCAGUGUUAGUAUACAACGUGAUGGACCUCCACUUGCACUGUGAGAUAGAUGCACAUCGCUCACCAUUAACUUCCAUGGCUCUAUCUUCAAGGGGAAUGUACAUUGCAACUGCAUCUGAGCAAGGGACCAUUGUCAGAGUUCAUCUUGUUUCAGAUGCUACCAAGUCAUACAGUUUCAGGAGGGGGACAUGCCCAUCAAUUAUCUAUUCUCUGUCAUUUGCACCAAUGACUGGACUUCCUGAUAUUGUUCUGGCCACAAGCUCUUCAGGUUCUGCUCACAUUUUCUCUCUGAGCAACACCUUGAAUCAAAGAACCAAAAGAUCAAGUGGCCUUUUUGCAUCAGUAAUACCUGAUUCUGUUUGUGAUGCAUUAGAUCCUGCUCAUCACCAUGUGCUUCAUAAUGCUGUUUCAGCUGGAGUCAAAAGUAACACACUGAUCCGCAAGACAGACAAAGUUAGUGAACCCUCAACGUCUGGAACUGUGGCAUUAAGAGCAACUAUAUCAGUAAUAACAUUAGCAGGAUAUUUUAUGGAAUAUGGGUACAGUGUCAACUAUCAGAAUGAGUCCUCCUGGGCGUUGGAGCGGGAAUUUAAUCUUUUAACAAUCACUGCAGAUAAAGGAGGUACAGCUUAGCUUCAUAGGUAACACCAGGGACGGAGCCAGAAAAUUCCGGUUGGAGAGGCCAAUGUAGUCAUAUAGUAGAGAACAUUCAAAGUGUCAGUAGACAUUAUAAUUAACCGUACAAAGUUCCAAGCUAUUAUACACGAAUCAUACAUCCAUAAAUUAUCAAAUAUAUAACUCUAGGUUAAAUACAUUCUUUCACAUUUAAGGGCUAAAAUGAAUAAUAUCUCGUAUUCAAAAUAUGUAACUUGAAUGUGAAAAUAUUUACCUGAAAUAGAGAUUUAGACAAAACUUGUUGAUUUC